AUGAACGCAAAGCCGAUCCCAUUGGCUUCCUCCAGAAAUGUCCCACUUACUCCGAUUAAUCCGCUAACCAUCAUGGAAAACAAUCCCAAAUUCAUAAUUUGA